AUGCAGCAGGUCACUAUCACUACUAAACUUGCAAGACUUUUUCCUUUUUUUGGAGAUGGGAGUGAUGACGAACAAAUACCAGAUCUCACAUCACUGGCUGGCAGUGAGAAUGGGGACGUUAUCCAUCAACUGGAACAUCGGAUUUCCAGACUGGAAGGAGUCCUUCGCUUGAACAAGAUGAUAACAGAGUCUGGAGGAAAAAUAUUUGCUUCCAAUGGGAAAAGUGCUGAUUUUGAGGCUACAGUGGAAAAAUGCAGAGAGGCUGGAGGCUCUAUUGCCACUCCAAGGAGUCCUGGCGAGAAUGAUGCCAUUCUGUACUUUGUGAAGUAUUUUAAUACCUAUGCCUACCUGGGGAUAAAGCAAUCCCUUAUUCCAGGCAAAUUCCAGCUCCUGAAUGGUGCUCAGCCCAGCUAUACUAACUGGUAUUCAAACGAACCUUCUGGCAAAGGGGAGGAGGAAUGUGUGGAGAUGUACACUGAUGGCACUUGGAAUGACAAAAAGUGUAACAAGAAUCACCUUAUUGUCUGCCAGUUCUAG